UUGGGAAUCUGUGGGGGCAGGCAAGGAGGGGUGGUGGUCCUGUCACCCAAAUCCUCCCCAGGGAGGGAAACAGCUGGAUUGUGCAUCCCGAAGCUGGGUAGGAGCCGGAGACCCCCGCCCCAUAACUGUUCUUGGCUGUGCAUGCAAGAGAUGCAACAAUGGGGGAGUGGGAGAACAUUGAGGGGGGGCAGGAGAGAGGAAACCUAAAAGAACCACUCAAUAACAUCUUCAGAUUCAGAUUCCAAGACUGGAAGGACCUUUGGAGACCCCCGGCGAUGCCAUUGGCCGAAAGAUUCCUGCUGAUCCUGGCAAAGGAAAAGAAGGAAGGUUCUGAGAUCCUAAUUGGUUGGAUCGGGCAAAUCUCUUUAAAGAUCCCUGAGAAUAAAAGUUAACAGGUUGCCUCACUAGUGAAUAAAAUGGAGUCACUGCUGUUCAUCAAAUCAUCUCCUUGUACUAGUGGAGUUGAAAGAGUCCCUGAUUCCUCAACUCAGGGUCCUGUGUCCUUUGAGGAGGUGGCCAUUCAUUUCACCAGCGAAGAGUGGUCGCUGCUUGAUCCCAAUCAGAAAUCCCUUCAUCAAGAAGUCAUGCUGGAAAUGUCAAGGAUUGUGGCCUUUUUAGCGUUUCAUGUGGAGAAGAAUGAAAAUUACCAAGAGCCAAGUGCAGUUCCAUUGCAAAUAAUCAAAAGUGAAAUACCAGAAGAGACAUCUGCAAAUAAGUGGGAAAGGAGAAAACAUGAGAAAAAACAAUCUUACCAUUGCAGAGAAAAAUCCAUUCUUGAAUGUGCAGAAAUGGAUCGCUUCCUGACCCAACAUGAUUCCAAAGAAAACAGUACAGCAAAUUGUCGAGGAAGCAGAAAAAGAUUCAAAGCAAAUUGCAACGUUAGUAACCACUGCAGAAUUGAAAAGAGCUUCAGCAGUAAUAAUGUUGUUUCACAGAAAAUUAUCCAGGCAAAGGAGAAGCCCUACAAAAGUGUGGACGGUGUAAAGAGGAUUGGGUGGAAAGGUAAUCCCAUUUCCCAUAAAAGGAUCCAUACAGGGGAAAAGCCCUAUAAGUGCAUGAUCUGUGGAAAACGAUUCAAUGUAAAGAGAUCCUUUACUGCUCAUAAAAGGAUCCACGCAGGAGAAAAACCCUAUCAAUACAUGGAAUGUAGAAAGAGGUUCAGGAACAGAGAAUGGCUGAAAUCCCAUAAAAUGAUCCGUCCCCAGGAAAAACCUUAUAAAUGUGUAGACUGUGGGAAAAAAUUCAGUGUAAAGUGUUCCCUUACUUCUCAUAAAAGGAUCCAUACUGGAGAAAAACCUUUUAAAUGCCUGGAGUGUGGAAAGAGCUUCAGACAAAGUGGUGACCUUAUGUCCCAUAAAAGAAUCCAUACAGGAGAGAAACCCUAUAAAUGCAUCGAGUGUGGAAAGAGCUUCAGUAUGAAUUGCUCUCUUACUUCUCAUAAACGGAUCCACACAGGAGAGAAACCCUUUAAAUGCAUAGAAUGUGGGAAGAGCUUUUGUCAAAGCAGUACGCUGGCUUCCCAUAAAAGGCUCCACACAGGGGAAAAACCCUAUACAUGCAUGGAGUGUGGAAAGUGCUUCAGGAACAGCAGUUAUCUGAACUCUCAUAAAAGGAUUCACACAGGAGAGAAACCCUAUAAAUGCCCAGAAUGUGGAAAGAGUUUCAGUAUAAAAAGUUAUCUUACUUCUCAUAAAAGAAUCCAUACAAACGAGAAACCAUUUAAAUGCAUAGACUGUGGGAAGGGCUUUUGUCAAAGCAGUACGCUUGCUUCCCAUAAGCGGGUUCAUACAGGAGAGAAACCCUAUAAAUGCACAGAGUGUGGAAAGAGCUUCAGGAACAGCAGUUACCUGAACUCCCAUAAAAGGAUCCACACAGGUGAGAAACCCUAUAAAUGCCUAGAGUGUGGGAAGAGCUUCAACCAAAGCAGUCAGCUUAUUUCCCAUAACAGGAUCCAUACAGGGGAAAAACCUUAUAAGUGCACAGACUGUGGAAAGACCUUUAUUGUUUGUGGCCAGCUGACUUAUCAUAAAAGGUCCCACACAGGAGAGAAACCCUAUAAAUGCCUGGAAUGUGGAAAGGGCUUCUGUUACAGCCGUUCCCUUAUUUCUCAUAAGAGGGUCCACACCGGGGAGAAAUCAUAUAAACUAUAUCACUGUACUGACUGUGGGAAAAGCUUCAGGUGGAAAAGUCACCUUACUUCCCAUGAAAGGAUGCAUACAGGGGAAAAACCAUAUGAAUGCAAGGACUGUGGAAAAAGCUUCAGUAUGAACAGUUCUCUAACUUCACAUAAAAAGAUCCAUACAGGAGAGAAGCCCUAUCAAUGCAUAUUAUGCGGGAAGAGUUUCAGGUUGAAAGGUCAUCUUACUUCCCAUAAAAGAAUGCACACAGGGGAAAAACCCUAUAAAUGCAUUGAGUGUGGAAAGAGCUUCAGUAUGAGUAGUUCUCUUACUUCUCAUAAAAGGAUCCAUACAGGAGAGAAACCUUACCAAUGCUUGGAAUGUGGGAAGAGCUUCAGCAAAAGCAGUAUUCUUAAUUCCCAUAAAAGGAUCCACACAGGAGAAAAACCUUAUAAAUGUCUGGAUUGUGGAAAGAGCUUCAACAACAGGAAUCACCUGACCUCCCAUAAAAGGGUCCACACAGGAGAGAAACCCUUUAAGUGCACAGAGUGUGGAAAGAGCUUCAGUUAUAGUGAUUCCCUUACUUCUCAUAAAAGGAUCCAUACAGGAGAGAAACCCUACAAGUGCAUGGAGUGUGGAAAAUCCUUUAUUCAGAGCAGUCACCUUACUUCCCAUAACAGGAUGCACACUGGGGAGAAACCAUAUAAAUGCAUAGAGUGUGGAAGGAGCUUCAGCAGCAGCAGUUCCCUUAUCUGCCAUAAAAGGAUCCAUUCAGGGUUGAAACCUUAUAUAUGCAAGGAAUGUGGGAAGAGUUUUAUUUCAAGCAGCUCCCUUACUAAUCACAUUAGUAUCCACAUAGCUGAGAAACUCUAUCAAUGUACAGAGUGCGUGAAAAGCUUCAGGUGGAAAAGUCAACUUAUUUCCCAUAAGAGAAUACAUACAGGGGAAAAACCCUAUCAGUGCAUGGAUUGUGGAAAAAGUUUCAGUCUGAACAGUUCCCUUACUUCUCAUAAAAGGAUACAUACGGGAGAGAAACCGUAUAAAUGCAUAGAGUGUGGGAAGAGCUUCAGCAAAAGCUGUAACCUUACUUCCCAUAUAAGGAUCCACACAGGAGAGAAACCCUAUCAGUGUACAGAGUGUGGAAAAAGCUUCAGUUUGAAUAGUUCUCUUACUUCUCAUAAAAGGACCCAUACAGGAGAGAAAAAAAUAUACAUUAAUGAUGUGUGGAAAGAACUUAAUGUGGAACAAUCAACUUAUUUCCCAUAAAAGGUCCCAUAUGGGGAAGAUGCCUUUAGCGAUUGAAGUGUCCUUAAUUCCUGUGAAAUAAUCCAUUAUGAUAUCAAACAUGUACAGUAAAGACAUGGAAUGCAAAGAACUUCAAUCAAGAUUUUUGAACUGAUUUCUCUUAAAAGGCACCAUUUGAGGGAAAUAUGAUGUAAGCAAAGUGUGUGAAGUGCUUCAAAGGUUUUUUUUUAAUUGUUCCUUUGAGGUAGUUUUUUCGCAGGAUUUUUGGCAAAGUUUUUGGAAGUGGUUUGCCAUUGUCAUCAUCAUAGGGCUGAGAGAGUGACUGGCCUAAGGUCCCCCAGCUGGCUUUGUGCCUAAGGUGAGAAUUCUCUUAGCUCCUGUGAAAGGAUCCACACAGGAGAAAUCCAGAAAUGUGUGUCUGGAAGAGAGCUUGUAGAGUAGCAGUCUUACUUUCCAUGAAAGGAUAAACUAUAUAAAUGUAAGAAAUUUAGUAAGAAUUUCAGUACAAGGCGCUCUUAUUUCCCAGAAAAAGUUUCAUGCAAGAGACAGUACAGUAUGAAUGUAUGAAAUAUAUAGAAAAUCACCCUGUUGAUCUGUCUUACUUCCCAGAAAAGGAUCCACUUUAAGGAUUCAGGAGUACAAGGAUCUUGUGAAAAGAGAUUGAGGCAGUCUUUCUUCGUUUGGGGGAUCACCACAGGAAAAACUGAAUAAAUGUAUGGAUUAUGGAAAGAGCUGCCAGGAUAUCUGUCUUAAUUCCAGAGGUAUUACCUCUUAAUUAGGUCCUGCUCAUGAGAAUCUGUUAUUAAAAUGUCCCAUUCAUUACACCAAAAUCUCUGCCUGGUCAUAUGGGUUUAUCUAGGCAGAAGCAACAUCUGAACCAAGUCUGGGAUCAGGCUUCAGGCUUUGUGGAGAGCUGUGCAAGCAAAGCAGGGGAAAACUGUUGUGCAUUUUAGCUAUAACUACUGAAAAUACCUGCUUUCCUUAAACUCGUAAUGAAGUAUUAAAGCUUGGUUUUAAAAUCAGUGAAAAUCUCUGCCAAAUGUUUGACUGUUUAGCUUAGAUCUCUGGGUGCAAAAUCACAUUAAUCCUGCUGAAAACAGAUGAGCAGUUUAAAAUUGCAGCUGUGGCCUUUUUACUUGGAAAAUGGUUUAUUGAUUCCACAGUGUUGUAUGAGCAAUAUUUUUAAAUAAAGGAAAAAGUUCAACUGAA